AUGCCAGCUUUCCAAACUUCAAAAAGUCGUUAUGAGGCUGACCACUGGUGCCAUUACCCUAUUACAAGUCGCGGCGAGGACUGGGUUAUGACCAGAACUAGUGCCCCAAUCGCUGGGUAUCCCAUACCUUGUUUACCCCAUUCACCACUAAGCCACAGUCUAAUAAUACACAGCAAUAAUGAUGAAAAGAUACCAACUACUGCCAAAUAUUAUUUACGGUACAAUCGACCCCAGCUGCGGCAUAACUUGCCCCAGCAAGGGGAGUUUGGUUGCACUCUUCUCGGAUCUUUACCGAAAUCUCACCGUGAGCGACUGAAUCGGGAGCUGCGUGAGAUGAUUCGCUGUAUCAAGCAGCACAACGAGUCCGUCGAUAACGAAAAUAACAAGGCCAAGGAGAACAACAAGUCAGCCAGCAUGGUGGAGCUGAACACUCCCGAGAAGAGGUUGUUCCAACCGAAAGUGGAUACCCCAACAAGAUACAGGUCUCUGGACACGUUGACUACUGCAAAGGAUGCGGCCGAGCCACAGCUGCCGGAGCCAAGACCGUUAGCUAAACAACUCAUCGGCUAUACUGAAGAAGAGAUGAAUGACCAUAAAGCAAGGCGGUACGAAGUUCGCUGGAAUCAACAAAGCACGUUACUAGAAAGUUUAAUAGAAGCCGAAAAGGUAGCCGAGAAUCUGAGAAACAAGCUGGCGUUUGUUAUAAAAGAAUACGUAGAGGAGGGGAAAUGUGACUCUUCUAUGUCAUCUUUGGCUUUGGACAUGUCCAGAAUAUCUGUCUUAAAGGGAGAACCAGGAAAGCAGUUUGCAUCAAGUCCUAAUUUAUCCGGUCUGGGUAAAGCUCAGAACGAUUUCACUAAAAGUCGGAUCAAACGCUUCGAUAGCGCAUCGACGUCGAAUUUGCUGGCAAAAAAACCCCCUCCGAACGAGAAGCCAUCGAAACUUCGACGUUUAUCCCCUAACAUUUUUAACAAAGCUAAGAAGGAUGGCGUGAAAUCUGACAAAAAUCCACCAAAAAUACCAGAUAACAAAAGUAGCAAAAUAGGCAGUUUGUUCAGACCGAAAAUAGUAACUCCGGUGUCUAGACCACCGGAAUCUAGUCCAAACCUGAGUACUGCCAAAAGGAAGUUUAACCACAUCAAAUCUACUAUACCGAGACCAACGCCAGUCAAAAAGGAUCGGCCGCUGUCGCGCGCUUCAGCCGCUUUAGUAGCCGCUUCUAGCUUCUCUCGUCUUCUGGCGUGUGGCCCGUGUGCGGCGACACUUAUACAUAAAAAUCAGAAUUGCAAACACGUAUAUGGACUGCCGGAUGAUGGGACUAGGAGACCAUCAGUGCCUUUCCUAUAG